CUGCCAGACAGUCGAAUAGCCACCCGCUCCACCGCCUGCAGACAUAAAGAAAAACAGUGGUGAAUAAUUGUCCAUUUAUUUAUCUUAUCGCUGCAUCUUGAAAAUCUCGGACCAGGACUAUUACUCAAGUCGAUAGAAGAGAAAGCACGCCAUUAGCACCUCUUUUGCAACAUACACACAUUGCAAUACAACAAUAACAACAAUGCUAAAAAUCGCAGCGGAGGGAAUUGCGCCACGCCUGGCGGCCUGUUGUCUUAUCAACAGCAGUGCCCAGAGUAGCUGUCAACGGAUAGCGCCACAGGCGGCCAAAGCCACACAGAAAUACCUCUCACAAUCGCAGAUGCACUUCAAAAAGCUGGUGAUAAAAGAUCAUUACGAGUUUGAUCAAAAGGUCAUCAACAGCGACAAUCCGGUGAUAGUGAAUUUCCAUGCGGAAUGGUGCGACCCAUGCAAAAUACUGACACCCAAAAUGUUGGAGCUGUUGGAGAACUCGAAUGAAAUCGAUUUGGCCAUUAUCGAUGUAGAGGCCAAUUUGGAUUUGGUGGAAACGUUCGAGGUGAAGGCCGUGCCAGCGGUUCUAGCCUUCCGCAACGGCGUCGUUGUGGACAAGUUCAUUGGCCUGGUGGACGCCAACAGCAUAGAGACGCUUAUCGACAAACUGAAGCGCAAGCAGCAGCAGAAGAAUCAGUAGAGCUCCAAUUGCAGCAGCAGCAGCAGCAGCGGCAUCAUCUUUUUUAAGAUAUUAUAUUGUAUUUGCGGCCUUAUGAAUUUAAUUGGUGCACGGCACGGCACGUCGCGGCAUGGCGGGGUUUACGGCAGGGCACACACACCAUACUCCAUACUCCAUACACCAUACACCACACUAUAUUAAUUAUGAUAAUGAUGCGAUUGAUUGAUGAAUUGAUAAUGAGAACAUGUCCAACGAAAACUUAGCCAUUAAGCAAUGCUCAAUAAAUCUUGUACAGUCAAAAGCAGCCAAAGCUUCUGUUAGCUAUGGCCAUGAAAA